ACGAGCCGAACUGGGCGUCAGGUCGGGGAGCGGGUCGGGUUCCCGCUCGCCGCCGCCACCGCCCCCCGCAGCGACUCUCCCGCCUCUCCCGCCGCGCCGGCCGCAGGAGCUGCAUCGCCAACUCUGCUCGGCCGUGGUGCCGCCGGCCCGGGAGCACAGAGCCCGGGACGCGACACGCCGAGCCCCUCAUCACCUCCAGCCGGGGCGACCCCUCACGGGUCCGCCCUCGUUCUGCGCGGCCGCCAGAGCCCCCAGCCCUGAGUGGCUCCGCGGCCCGGUGCCCGCAUCCCGGCCCCAGCACUCCCAGAGCCGCCGCCCCCCACCCUGAACAUGGACUCCGACUCUUGCGCCGCCGCCUUCCACCCGGAGGAGCGCUCCCCCAGCCACAGGAGACGCAGGACUGUGGAGGAUUUCAACAAAUUCUGCACCUUUGUCUUGGCCUAUGCUGGCUACAUUCCUUAUCCGAAGGAGGAGCUCCCUUUGAGGAGCAGCCCCAGCCCUGCCAACAGCACCGCGGGCACCAUCGACAGCGACGGCUGGGACUCGGGUUUCACCGACAUGGCGUCCGCUGUGCCCUUGCCGGUCUCCGACCGCUGCUUUGGCCACCUGCAGCCCGGCCUCCUGCAGCGAGCCAAGCCCAGUAACUUCUUGCUGGACAGAAAGAAGACGGACAAGCUGAAGAAGAAGAAGAAGAGGAAGCGGCGGGACGGCGACGUGCCCGGGAAGGAGGGGUACAUGGGGAGCUUGCUGAAGCUGGAAGCCGCGGACCCGUACAUAGAGCCCCCCGCGAGCCCCGCCCUGCAGGAUAUCGCCCAGGCUGCCGGCGACCCCUGCUCGGGCUGGGACUCCGACACUCCGUCCAGUGGAUCUUGUGUCACGGUGUCCCCUGAUCAGGUCAAAGAAAUAAAGACUGAAGGCAAACGGACUAUUGUCCGGCAGGGAAAGCAGGUGGUGUUCCGAGAUGAAGACAGCACGGGCAACGACGAGGACAUCAUGGUGGAUUCGGAUGACGACUCCUGGGACCUUGUCACCUGCUUCUGCAUGAAGCCCUUCGCCGGCCGCCCCAUGAUCGAGUGCAACGAGUGCCACACCUGGAUCCACCUGUCCUGUGCGAAAGUCCGGAAGUCCAACGUUCCGGAAGUGUUCGUCUGCCAGAAGUGCCGGGACUCCAAGUUCGACAUCCGCCGCUCCAACCGCUCUCGGAUGGGCUCGCGGAAACUGUUUCUGGACUGACUGUGGGUGAGCGAGGAACCGGAAGGGACGCGGGGGGCUUUCCGGCCCCUCUCUUAAGUGGAGCACAGAACUCUCAGCUCUGGUGCGGGCAGACCCCUGCCAUUCAGGUGCCUAAGCAAAGGGACAGGCUGUCUGAGGUGUGACCUGUGUGUUAGCCAGGGACUGAAUAAAAUCCUCGUUGGCCAAGGCUGCUGCGAGAGCCGUGUUCUCUGCAGCGGAGGUGGACUCCACGCUGCAGUGCGGUGGGUUUGGUUCAGCUGAAAACGAGGGCACGGGGUUGUGGUGAGCCCUUGCCGCCAUUGUCGACAAGCCCCCGCUGUUGGGAACGGGUGCGAGCGGUCCCCCACUUCCGCUGGCUCGGGAGACAAGACCCUCAGUUUCCCGGGCCUGUUUGUGAGCAGCCAUACGUGUAAGCUCUCUCUGCGGUGUAAGUCUUUGACCGUAAGUGUCUGUACAGUGACCACCCAGCUGCCCCCGCCGUCGUGGGUGCUGCGGUUCCCCCACGCCCACACCCCCUUGCCUCGGCCUGCCAGCCGGAGACAGUCCUCUGGUCUAGUUCUGGGAGGAGCCCUGGGGCGGGGGCCGGCUCGUGAUCCCUAGGUUUCCUUCUGUUAGUUAAAAAGGGACAGUAUGUGGCCACUUCUCAGUGGAAAAGGGGUUGGUUGGGGGGGGUUGAGGUGGCCCGUGUUCAUAACUCAGUUUCCUGUUUUGCACGAUGUAAAAAACCUGUCUUUUUGCACGAUAUAGCCAAAAGUAUUGGCAGAUUUCUGCCCGGGUGCCCUUUGCGGUUGGUGUUUGAGGUCCUGGGGGUGCCCGGCAAACUGUUCCCCCGCGUGAGGGCACGCGGGUCCCUUCCUCCUCUUCCCCUCCCCUUCCUCUGGUGGCAGCAGAAAGGGUGGGCAGUCAGUGGGGAACGGCGUUCCUCUGCAGGAGGUGGUGAGGGAGGAGGCCCUUGAGAGAGGCCUCUCCCGGGGCCGAUGCCCAGCGUGCCCUCGCACGGGCUGGCCUGCGGGCUUCACAGGGCGAGGUGAGGAUUUGAAGUCUUUUUUUGGGGGGGGCGGGCGGCAUACCAUUGGAUGGCGCAGACUUCCUUAGAGCUGAACCCGGACCCAGACUGCGGAGGCUCCUGCGCAGGCCGCCUCUGGGAGUCCGCACCUGCAGCCCCCGCUGGGCGCUGUGCCAGGGCAGGGGUGCUGCCGGCUCUGGGGCCUGGAGGGAGAGGAAGGCUUCCGCUCUCUCAGAAGCUGACCGUGCCCUUGAGCAGUUCAGAUACUCUUGUCUCAAAAAGAUUUUUUUUUUCCUUUUUUUUGGUAAGUGAAUGGGUGUGUUUUCAUACACAUUGUUCCUCGUGAAGCAUGAAAAGAGAAGGGUGCCCAGUCCAGUGGGUCAUGCUUAUUUACAUUUACGGUGGGGGCGGACCCCCCCAGUCUCUCCAGGGCCGGGGUGGGGGGUGGGGGGUCUCCAUGUGGCACCCUUGUGUGGGGCCACCAGGGGCGGCUGUUUGUACCCUGCCCGGCAGGCACAGCGGGGGAGGGGAACUCCCAUUGGCUCACCAGAGCCCCUCUUCUGUGCCAGUACCUUUCAUGCUUCACCAGCCAACUGCCUUUUUGUUUUGUUUUGUUUUGUGUUCGGUUGCGCAUAUUAACACAGAAAUAGAAAUAGUUUCUGAAACCUAGUUUAUUGUGAAGAUCCCCAAGGGGGAAGUUCUGCUGUAGAGAAAAAUCGUGAGAAACGGGGGCUUGGAACCAACCUUCUCCCCAGACACCUGUCUGGCUCUGAUGAGGACAAAAGUCCAGGAAAAGUUGGAAGAGGAAUUUGCCAAAGGUCUGCCCCCUGACAUCGCCUGUCCAGUGUCUUCACCGUAAGAAUAGCCAAAGGUCCAAAGUGUGUGUUUUUUUUUUUUUUUUUUUUUUUUUAAGAAAAGUUUUAGAAGUGCAUUUAAGAAUAUGUGUGACUUUCCAGUGACGCCCAGCCGGGGCGAUUGCUGUAUCGCUUUUAGAAGGUUUGACGCCUGGUGACGCCUCUGGAAGGCACUUGAUGCUCAUUGUGAUGUUUCCUUCAUUUCCUUUUUGUUCUCGUGACAGAUCCGUCAGCCCCCGUGGGUGGUGUCUCGGGAGUCCGGGCAUCUCGGUUCUUGUGUUAGAUUGAGCUGGGCAGCUGCAAUCAGCUUUAUGCAAAUGAGGCAUGGCCCAUCUGGGGGCUCCUGGUUGGUGGCUGAUAAAGGGAGGGGAGGGAGAGCCGUCACCCCAAAAGUAAGCCCCUUGCGUAGUCAUUGGCCAGGCCAGACACUUAACAUCGUUUACAUGGUUCUGUGUAAUUAUAAAGUUUAUGUGUAUAAAGCGAAGCUGUUUCUGUGAAACUGUAUAUUUUGUAAAUAAAUAUAUUGCUACUUUGAGGUUCCUGCCUA